AGGCGGCAGCAGUGAGUGGGCUGUUCUCUUUCCAGCGUUGCCUGGCAGGGAAGCUUCAAGUUCAUUGAACAUCCACAGUUUCUAGGAACUUUUUAAAGAAGUACUUCUUCAAAUGAACACUGCCUAAACUCUUCAGGACCAAAAAUGGGUACAGGGGAUUAUAUCUGCAUCACUAUGACCGGAGGGGCACCUUGGGGUUUUAGACUGCAAGGUGGCAAGGAAGAAAAGCAGCCUUUACAGAUUGCCAAGAUUCGCAACAACAGCAAAGCAGCGAUUGCAGGACUAUGUGAGGGAGAUGAAGUUAUAUCUAUCAAUGGCAACCCUUGUGCUGACUUGGCUUACUCUGAAGUUAUCACCCUGAUGGAAGCUUUGACUGACACACUUCAGAUGCUUAUCAAGAGGUCUUUGAGUGGGGUAAAUGAGACCCUCAGUCCUGGAAAUGAAAACAGAGACAACCUUAACAUUAAAAAUAACAAAUAUAAAGAAAGCACCACUCUGCAAAUCAGAACAGCCAUGCAAAGGCCCCACGUGGAGUUGCAAAUCACAGGGGCAACCAACGAAAUGUUCCAAAUCGGGCAGCAAAGUGCUAUGGUGGAGUCAUCUAUAGCAAAGCAAGAAAGAGAAAUUGCAUAUUGUCAUAAAAUCCCUCCCAAAGUGAUAGAAACCCCAAAAGCACAAUUGAUCAACGUGCCAGCUUUCUCUGGAGAGACGGGAGAAAGUGCAGUUCCUACAUUGGAGCUGCAGUUGUCCCUGUCGCAUGACAGGCACAAAGACAGCAGUGUUCCUAGUCUAAAAGUUCUGGGGGCUGAAAAGUUCAAGUAUUCAGAAACAGGACCCAACCUUCAACAAGAUGGGAGCAGCUCGGUGACUCCAGCUCCCACUUCUGAAAAAGACCCAUCUGUCCAGCACUCAAUCCGAACAUUCCAGAUUGCUCCUUGCAAAGAGGUCAAAGCAGUGCCAGAAGCUGAGACAAAGGAGCCAUCUUUCACUAAAGUGGAAGUGAUCCUAGGCUGUUCUGACAGGGAGAAGGAAGCAUCCCGGUCCCUGGCUGAAAAGGGGUGUGUAGAUUCUCAAGUGGAAGGAGGGCAGUCCGAAGCACCUCCUUCUGUGGUCUCCUUUGGAAUCUCAUCCGAAGGCACAGAGCAGGGAGAAGACGACCAGAACUCUGAAAGGGAACAUAGCAGACCUCACAAACACCGGGCAAGGCACGCCAGGCUCAGACGAAGUGAGAGCCUGUCAGAAAAGCAGGUGAAAGAAGCCAAGUCUAAAUGUAAGAGCAUUGCCCUAUUGCUGACAGCGGCUCCCAAUCCCAACUCCAAGGGGGUGUUGAUGUUCAAGAAGCGUCGCCAAAGAGCCAGGAAAUACACUUUGGUCAGCUACGGCACUGGAGAGCUAGAGCGCUACGAGGACGAGGGUGACGAAUUCGAGGGUGAAGAAGAAAGCGAGAAAGAUAACACUUUUGAAGUAACCUUACUUGGCACUAGUGAGUCAGAAAUCGAUGAAGAUUUAUUCUCUGACCUUGACAAAGAAGACCGGAUUGUGACAUUUGACUGGGACACUGGUCUCCUUGAGGUUGAGAAGAAACCCAAAAGUCUGGACGAGAUGCAGAUGCUUCCAGAGAGCAAAGGCAAAGGGGCGCUCAUGUUUGCCAAAAGACGGCAAAGGGUGGAUCAGGUAACGGCUGAGCAAGAUGCAAUGAAGAUGCAGGCUGUGCAUAGUACUGAGGGGCACCGAGAGGUUACUACAACAGAGAACAACUCCAAAUUUAGCUCCUCCUUAAACCAGGUAAAACAGGAAGAAGCUUCGAGAAUGCAGAGCCACGUGAGCAAGAGCUACAUAGAAGUGAGCCGCACAACAAUACAACAAAAUGGCAUUGGAGGAGGCCCUGAGACAAACAUGUUGUGUCAGUCUUCUGAAGCCCUUAAAUCAGCAAGCUUAAACAGAACAGCGAAACCUUUCCCAAACAUACAGAACAGAGCAGCAGCACCCUUCUCACCCACCAGAAGCAUGACAAGCCCUCUCUCAGAUUUUCCUCCACCCCCUCCUUAUGCUUCAGCAAGCCCACCACCUGAAGCCUUAUACAGAACUGCUUUGACUCCUGUUGCCAACACAGCUCAGCCAGCUUUAUGGUCUCCAACAGAAUCCACAGAGCAGAUUGCAUCCCGGGAUGAAAGGAUUGCUGUGCCUGCCAAAAAAACUGGAAUCUUGCAAGAGGCAAAGAGAAGGAACACUGCAAAACCUAUGUUUACUUUCAAAGACACGCCCAAAGUGAGUCCUAAUCCUGCCCUUUUGUCCCUUGUGCAGCAUUCAGAAGGCAAAAAAGGUGCUGGCUUCGAAUCAGGUCCUGAAGAAGACUACCUCAGUUUGGGAGCAGAGGCCUGCAAUUUCAUGCAAAUCCAGGCAGCCAAACAAAAGGUUCCUCCUCCAGUAGCUCCAAAACCCGCACUAAAGGUUUCUCCUACUGACACAACACCUAUUUCACCGGUCUGGUCACCUCCGGCUGUUGCUUUUGCCCAGCCACCUGCUUUUCCAGCUCCAAGAUCACCUGAAGAGGCAAGUCCAGCACCUGUCAAAAUAGCACAACCUGUUUAUCCCCCUCCACAGCCUCCAAGUACUCUUAACCUAGCUGGUCCUUUUAAAGGGCCUCAAACGGCUGCAUCACAUCAAAACUUUACACCAAAAAUGACACCCACCACACCACUAGGAAAUGCUGUCCUUGCAGGAGGAGUGGGGCCAGCUUUUGAGAUGCCUCCAGCGUUGAGUGGGAAAGGAGCACAGCUCUUUGCCAAAAGACAAUCACGGAUGGAAAAGUAUGUAGUGGACUCAGAAACUGUGCAAGCCAAUAUGGCCCGGGCAUCAUCACCCACCCCAUCUUUGCCAUCUUCCUGGAAAUAUUCAUCUAAUGUCCGAGCCCCACCACCAGUGGCUUAUAACCCCAUCCAAUCCCCAUCGUAUCCUCUUGCUGCCACCAAACCACAGUCAAAGUCAUCCAGCGUUGCCAAAACUACCAAGAAGAAACCUAAGAAAGCACUUAGCUCUUUGGAGGUUAUGAAGCAUCAGCCAUACCAGCUCAAUGCGUCCUUAUUUACUUUUCAGCCUCCCUCUGAUAAAAAGGAAGUCCCAGCUCCUAAGCAACCUGCCAAGUUUGACUCAGUGCCUGCUUCAAGAUCACUUAAUGCUGGUUCUCCAGCUAACAUCAGAGCAUCUUCAGUGUACUCUGUUCCAGCCUACAGUUCACAGCCUUUCUUCCCGUCAAAUGCCUCUAGCCCUGUAAUCGAGUCCUGCGGAUCAACAGGUUACCCUGCUUUUCAGAAGCAAGAACCAGCAGUAUCCUCUUCAGUUGCUACUCCAAGGCCAAAGUUUUCAGCCAAGAAAGUCGGUGUUACAGCACAGGAAAGAGAUGGAGAACGGUCCUUGUCACUUCCUGGAUGGCCACCUUCUUCCACUUUGCGAUCCAUGUCCCCUGUUUCUCCUGUGACGUUCCAACCAGUUCCUGAUUAUUAUUUUGGCAAACCAGCUCCAGCAGUUGACAAGCCUGGGAAGAGGUUGACUCCUUGGGAAGCAGCUUCUAAGUCCCCUCUUGGCCUUGUGGAUGAUGCCUUUGGCCCUCAAACCAUCCAAGAAUCCAUUGCUGCAAAUGUCGUUUCAGCUGCUCGCAGGAAAACACUGCCCACACCUCCAGACAGCUGGAAACAAAAAGUUGCUUAUCAGCCUCCUGCUCCAAAUGCCCAUGCUAAAUUAGCUUCAUUUGGAAGAAGCCAUUCAGCAGCCAUGUCCUCUGCGAAGAGCACAAUGUCUGCGCCAAGUUCCACCAUGCAUUGUGGCUCUCGACUUCAGUAUGCCUAUUAUGGUCAACGAGCCCGAACUGAUCCUGAUAUGGUCUCCAUGGAUUCCAGGUCUGAUUACUGUCUGUCAAUAGCUGAUUCCAACUAUAAUCCAUAUCCAAAGGGAUGGAGGCGUCAAACAUGAAUAAAGAAAGAGACCGUCUUAGUCGUUUUCCUUGUAGUUCUACAAAUCUGAUAGAUUCUAAGAUGAGUUGAAUAGGGAAAGUGCUAUGUGAGCAAGUGUUGGCUGGCCUGGCUGUUACUUGAUAACUCAAGAGUUAUCUGCAGUAGAGCACAGGGUCCACAGUGGCUCUAAUUUUUCCAAUGUAUGAUAGAUUCUGUUUUCACCCAGCCUGAAGGUAUUUUUUCUUUGUCCUCUGUUAAAUGUGUAAAACAAGCACAAACAUAUUGCUUCUGUAAGUUAAAGCUUCAGUUGAAAAAAAUUGCAAAAAUUGAGGGACUCAACAAUUUGAAUAUUUCCUAAUAAACCUUUACUGGGAAUGUAAUUCCAGGGUUCUUGAUAAUAUCUUCUUAGUUUUAAAAUCCCAAUUGGUCAAAGCUGGUUAAAGGUCCAGCUCUACUGCAAAUGUUUUGUGCUGUCAUAGAACUUGCUAGUCUUCUUUCAGCAUAAAUGUGAUCACAAACUCAAAACCGAAUUUUAGUUGAGGUAUUUUGAAUUUUCACUAAAAUAAAUAGGGUUUCUUAUCUACUAGUCGCUGGCCAAUGACAACUGAGGAUUCAAAAAUUGAAAUCAAGCUCCACUGUAGUGUAUACAUCCAAUAGCCCCCAAAGCUAAAAGUCAAAUUUGACCAAUGAUGACUCACCUUUUGCUUGUGAUAGUAUCCAUUACUGAACAUAUUUUCAGAAUCAUUUUACACAUCUGAUAUGUAUCAAAGCAUGCUUUAGUUAAAGGACAGAUACCAUCAGUAAUGAGUUAUAGCAGAAUAUGAGAUCAAAAGAGCAAAUAUAAUGAUCUUUUAGCAUACAUGAUAUUUGUCAAAUCCAGAUUUCAAAUACUGCAGCAAUAUGGUUCUCUGUUCCUGCUCCAGGAUAUGGAAGGCUGUAAUCGACCCAAAAGAUUUCCACAUCUUAUUUACCAGUUCAGAGCUGAUGUCAGCUGUGCUGAGAAUACCCUCCUUCCUGGAAUGUGAUCUGACUACUGUUUCAAAGGAAUGAAUGUAACUUUCUUAUCACACAUCGAUAAGUUCUAGCUGACCAGAUAGAAAAAAAUAUAUUUUAAUGGAAUUCAUGCCCUAACUUCUGCUCGAGCUCUAGAGCCAUUUUAGGUAUCUGUUGAGUCCUAAUAUAUUCUGCUAGCCCCAACCCAUGAAAGUGAGCGGUAUCACCUCUUUGCAGAGUCUUUGAGGACAUUUUUGUUUCUGUAAAGUCUGAGACAUGAAUUGCAUGAAAACAUUCUCAUUUUGAUCAGCAUAUUUUGAUCAGGAAUUCCAGUUAUCAAGGAGAACAAAUCAAGGAGGGUUUUUUUUUCAUUUUUCAUUAACCUGAAUAGGAUUUAGCACUUACAGCUAAACUACAUGUUAUGCUAGAACUCCAGAGGGAUAAUUUGACCCUAAAAAUGUCUGGCUGCAUUUUCCAAAUAACCUCGUUCCUCAGUUUUCAUGAAGCUAGUGAUCCUCAACAUGGGCCCAUAAGCACAACCUGGCUUGAAACCAACAAAUAUUUUGUGGGGCUUCCCAUUUUAUAAUUGCACCUAUCUCCUGUGGUAGCCAUUUCAUGACUGCCACCACUUUCUGGCAGGCAUUUGGCUGUGGCGCCCACUACCUGUUCUCAAAAUUCCAAAUUGCCCAGAGGCUCAUCAUAGCUGGGGAUCCCAGCUUUAAACCUUGAUAAGGAAAAAUAGGUAUCCAGUCACAGAAUUCCAGCAUUGUUUGUAGUUUGAUCCUUAAACAAUUAAGUAAAGUCUUGGAAGCAGUUUCAAAGUUUUUGAUUGUGCACAGACACUCAGACAAUGAGAAAAUAUCGAGCUGAAUGUGGUCUCCAUUGUGACAUGGUUAGGAUAAUCUCACAAUGUGUUUGAAGGCAUUGAGGAAUGUCUAGAAUAUGAAGAAAUCAUUCCUAGUACGUUGAACACAGCAGGAAUGAGGAUGACCUCAAGAUGACUGACUGAUAUGAUGGAUAGUGCAAGUGGAAAGCUGUGGUUUAGGUUUCAUUGAAAGAGAGGUAAAUGUUGCAACAUUCAUGUAAUCUACAGACCUUGAGCAACAGUGUUUGUUUGUGAAAUGUUGAUAUCUCUAGUCACGCUGUGAAUGACAUUAUCUUGUGUUACUAGUAAGUGAGUAUUUGUCAUGGAAAAUUUCAGAAGCUUUGAUUAUGAGAUAAAAAUAAGGAUAUACAGUAAAAAUUGAGUGUCAGUUUUUGUAUAGAAGUAGAUUUAUGGUGAAUGUAUGCUGGUUUUAAUUCAGUCUAAAUGAAGAGACCACUAUCAAAAUGUGUACAUUAAAGUAACUAGGUAUUUGAUUUAUAAAUUUCACAUCUAUCUAUCGAUAGAUAGAUAUAGAUGUGAAAUUUAUAAAUCAAAUACCUAGUUAUAUAUAUAUAACCAUGAAUAUUUUUAUGCUUUAGACUGAAAUCUAAAGUAUACUUAUUUGGAGAUAUACUGCAUGAGUUCCAAGUAGAUGUACUUAAGACUGGUGUGCCAGGGACUCAGGGCCCAUAUUACAUAACAAAUAAUCUGGUCAGGUUUCAGUUUUGACCAUGAUUAAUUGGCUUCCAGAUAACAAGAAUGUAUCCAAGUAAGAAAUACUUGUUUUCCAUUUCUUGGUACUGAAAUAACUCUCAUGUCUGUAUCCUUUGUAAAUAUUAGUGAGAUACCCAAUACUGCAUGGAUAAAAGCAUGACAUAAUAUCCAUUCUUAAUAUAGACAAUAAGGAUUCCUUUAAAUGAUUUUCCUGUCACAAGAUGAUUCUCAAAAAGAAAUGCACAGGGUGCUAUAUUUUGGGAAUGUUUACACAGACUGGUUGUUGUGAGCUUUCCGGACUGUGUGGCUGUGGUCUGGCAGAUCUUGUUCCUAACAUUUCACCUGCAUCUG